AGCCAACGCUUAGCGAACUUCAGACCUCGAGUGGCAGUCGAUCUGUUCAGACGUACUUUUGGCUCAAACCGUAUAAAGCUUUUGGAAAUUUCCGACGUUACUUCCAUCUAUUGUACUAUAAAACUGCAACUAAAAAUUAUAUGAAUUUUCAUAUUUCUGUGUUUGAGUGUGUAUCAGUGAAGAAGUAAAAUCUACUCCUUUUUCUACAAAAGAAAAGACGACUGUGACAGCGUUCGCAAUUAGAAGUUGCUAUAUUUAGCAAAUCCAAAUUAUCCGCUCAUUUUAUUUGUGUGGCUUAAAAUAUUAUUUGCGUAUCGUAGAUGACCGGCAAGGAUACCGACUCAAUGGCUACUGUGCAAAUAAAGCCCGAUUAUGCUGCCAGUGAAGUCUACAGCACGGCUAGCGAAGCGCCACCGCUCGGAUUGUUUAGCUUUAACCCACAGGCCUACAAACGUCAAUCGAAUUCAGUGAAAAUUGCUAAAAUCACUGCAUUCACCAUUAUUGUGUCCUCAUUCAUUUUGGGCGCCUUCGUUUUGGCCUCAGCAUAUCUACAAGCCAAGGCCUCAUGUGAUCAGGUGCAGGCUUUGGACUCUGUGCUGGAGAAGGAAUUGAUGCUGGAGACAUUGCAGCAAGUGAACAAAGAACUUCCACGUGCCGAGGCACUUUUGGGCAGAGAGAAUAACGACGAUGCUGAUCUGCAGAACCUAGACAAGGACGUCACGGUGAAGAAGGUAGAGAUUAAAAAACAACAAGCCGCCAAGCCCAAACAAGUCUCCGCCACUGCGUCGGUUGAUAGUGACUCCAACGAUAGUGACAACUCGUAUUCGGACGUUGAUGAUGCCGAAGAAAUCAAAUAUCCUGGUAAGGUGCCACUUGAAUUGGACUUGAGCGACUUGGCCGCAGCUUUGUUGCAAAACAACAAGAAGUCGCGCAUGAACUGUGUUGUGGAGCGUAAACAUGCUGAGGAAAUCGUCGAUUCACCCUCUAAGACUGUGGCUUUACCUUUUGGCGUCAAUCUCACCACCGAUCCCAAGAAGGCACGUAUCACCGGUGAACGCAUCUCGAUCUACUGUGAAGGUGGCAAUGAAAAUAAAGAACAAGAAAAUGGUGAAUCGUCACGCAACAACAACAAUCGCGAAGAGGAUGAUGAUAAUGAUGAGGAGAUCGAAUCGAAUCGUCCCAUGUUCAUUCCAUACCAACGCAUACCCAUUCCAUUCGGUCAAAUUCCACAACGUUUCCCACUAACACACAUGCCACAACGUAUGAUGCCACCAAUGCCACCAAUGUCACCAAUGUCCGCCAUGUCCGCUAUGUCCCAGGAGGCGCAAUCACAACCCCAACAGGCAUUUAUUCGUCAAAUGCCACCACCAUUCCAACAACUGCCCAUGCGUCCACCAAUGCCACCACAAGUGAUGCAAGCACCACACCCUGACUCCCAACAAUCGCAACAAAAUAUGUAUGUGCCACAAACUGUACGCAUUCAUGUGCAACAGAUUCCCAUUCGUGAAAUUCAUAUGGCCGAUGAUAUGCCAGUGCAAAUCCCAUCUCAACAACAAGAAUUGCCACAUUUGCAAAUUCAGCGCUUGCCACUUGGUGUCGCUCUCCAGCGUGCCGGUAUAACUGCUGAGGAUUUGCGUAACAUCCAACGUAUGGCUGAAGAUCGCAUUACCGAUGAGUUGCGUCGUCUUGCUGCCGAGGAGGCGGCUGAGUCAGCUGAAAGCAACAACAAUAACAGCAACAACAGUAACUUAGAUAGCGAAGAGGCGAACGACUCAUCGGCUGAUGUGCAAAUGUCCAACGAACAGGAACACAUUGUGCGUCAACAACAAUUACAACAGCAACAGCAACAACAGCAACAACAGCAGCAAAAACAAAUGCAACAACUUCCCCAGCUAGCGCAACCACAACAGCCAGCCAUUGCUCCAGAGGAGGCAAUGCGCAUGGGACAAGCGCCACCACAGCGACUGAUACUGCAACCUCUGCCGGAGCAGCCACGUGACACCAUGACACCACCCAUGCCCGAUCAGCCACAAAUGAUGCAAUACGGACGCGCCAACUUCGGACGCAGCCUGGCACAGCCGGUCCGCAUUCCAGUACCAAUCCUACAAUCGCACAAUGAGGGCGAGAUGGGCGCAUCCAUCGAAUCGGAAAGGCCGCACUUUGUUCAGCCACGAUCCGUUUAAUCCGUUUAUUCAGCCUGUGAUUGCUGCUGCUUUCGGUCGAUGUUAUGCAAGUUAAAAGUGCCAAUCCCACACUUUGAAUUCUGAGUAUGUACAUAUACGCAUCGUCACGCCUGUGCAGCCGGAAGUAGCUAAACGCCAAAAACUGUUAAAUACAUACAUACUCGUUUCUUUUCUGCACAACUACAACAACAAUAUGAGGGCUCAUGCUUAGGUUCACCACCUCUGAAACUUUAAGAAAAUCGAUUCAAUUGGGAUAGAGACGGAAACUUUU